AAUUACACUGCCGCUUGCCUCGACGGCUGUUUAUCGAAUUUUUCUCCCUGCCUCGUAUAAGUUAAUUUAAUUGCAUUUCUUCAAGAUAUGGAAAAAAAAUGGGAAGAGAUUUACCACUACCUUUCCCAGCAUACCUUCCCAAAGGAGUAUCGGAAAUCUCAGAAACAAAACCUUAGGAGAUAUUCUGCCAAAUUCACUAUAAAGGAAGGAGAACUUUACUUUGGAAGCAGGAAGGUUGUUAAGACCAAAGAGGAGGCAAAGGAAAUUUUUAAGGAACUCCACAAAUCUCCUACUGGUGCUCACAUGGGGGUUGUGAAAACAAGGACUGCUAUGUGUGCCAGGUUUUACUGGCAUGGCAUAUCUGUGGAUGUUGACAAAUGGGUUCUGGAGUGUGACAACUGCCAAAGGGUUGGCAAACCUUUGACUUGCGGUCAGAAACCCAAGCAUGUUAAGGUGGAGUGGGACAACUGUGAAAGUGUUGGUGAACCUUUGACUUGUGGUCAGAAAUGCAAGCGUGUUAAGCGUCCCUCUGCUCUGAAAUCCGUCAUGGCACAGAGCUUUUUAAUGGAGGUGUGUGUGGACUCCGUGGAGUCCGCCGUCAAUGCUGAGCGAGGAGGUGCAAGUCGGCUUGAGUUGUGUUCAAGUCUUCUGGAGGGAGGUCUCACUCCCAGUCUUGGUCUUCUACAGGUAGUAAAGCAGUACAUCAAAAUACCAGUCUACGUAAUGAUACGGCCUCGCGGUGGCGACUUCCUGUACUCAGACCAAGAAGUGGAGGUGAUGAAGAAGGACAUCGAGCUGAUGAAGACCCAGGGAGCCGAUGGAGUAGUGCUAGGCGCCCUGACAGAGGAUGGACGAGUGGAUGCAAAUCUCUGCAUGGAGCUGAUAGCUGCUGUCCGUCCUCUGCCUUUGACCUUCCAUCGAGCUUUUGACAUGGUCCACGACCCAGCAGUUGCUCUGGAGACCCUGAUAUCGUUAGGAUUCGAGAGGGUGCUGACGAGCGGCUGUGACAGCUCGGCUUUGGAGGGGGUUCCUGUUAUCAAGAGGCUCAUAGAUCAAGCUAAAGAGAGAAUAAUUGUAAUGCCAGGAGGGGGGAUUACGGAGAGAAAUCUGCAGAGAAUAUUGGAGGGGACAGGGGCUGAGGAGUUUCACUGUUCAGCACGCUCCAGCAGAGACUCUGCAAUGAAAUUCAGGAACACCUGCGUGACGAUGGGAGCUACAAUCUCUGCGCCCGAGUACGGCCUGAAGGUGGCUGACGUCAGCAAAGUCCGGAGUCUGAAUGCAAUUGCCAAAAAUACCUUGUGAUACCUCCAAAAAAAAGAGAACAGUUAUUUUCAUAUGCCCAUUUCCAAAUUGCCUCAAUGUUGGGUUUCUUUUAGUAAAGUGUUAGCAUUUAAACAAUGUGUGUUUUUUUUGUUUUGUUUUUUACAGCUCAGUGAGGGCACUCCUGUCUUAUAUGCUGUCUAUGAAGGUUUUAUGACUGAACAGAAAGCUGUGAAUCAAGUGUUUGUACAUGUAACUCUGGUGUAAAACACAACAAAACAGAAAAUAACAGCAUUUUACUCAACAUAAUGGAAAUACUAGAAAAUCAUAAAAAAAAAAAAAACAGGCAGGAACCUAAAAUUACAAAUAAACAUAAAACAAUUCAACAACUAAAACAAUUAAAUGGAAAAAAAAAACACAUAAAAAAAUCACAAUGAAAGUACAUUUAUUCAGAAUGUUGGAAUUGUUUCUGAUUUAUUAGCUGUUAUCUUUUCUGUCUUCGAAUUUCAUUUUUGCUGUAUUUUCUUUACCAAUACAGUUGUGUCUUAGAGAUAUUUUAAUUACAACGAUUUUGUGCUAAUCUGCUCGGAGAGUUUUCAAACUUGGGUAUCUUUUGUACUUGAUUCGUGGCGUAAUAAAAGAGAUCAGAUCUGUGGUUCCGAGAAAAAA